CUCAAUGGAGAGUUAUCUUUCUUCGGUCCAAAGGACUUUAACAUGUCUAAGUAAAUAUUGCAAAGCAAAAGUACUUUUCUGCAACCUGUUUGAUAAUUACAACAUUUGAGUAUAUAAAUUGGAUACAGGGAGAUACUUUUAUUCGACAAAACUUUAAUCGCUAGAAACUAGAGAAGCAAACAUCCAGUUUGAUGAGAGAGACAGGGUAUUUGAUGUAUUAGAACAACACGCUUUACAAUGAGUGAUACGGAUGAGAGAGCACCAUUGUUAUCUUCGGAAAAAGGAGAAAAAUAUUCAGAGGAGAAAACCAACGAAAAGAAACAGAAAUCGGCGAAAUCAGCAACUUUCGGACAGCUGUUCCGAUAUGCCACUGCCUUGGACAAGUUCCUGAUCUUCAUAGGGAGUGUGUUCGCUAUAGCUGUGGGGGGAGGAUGGCCAGCCCUGUCUGUUAUCUUUGGGGAGCUGACCGACACAUUCGUCUCAGGGCCGGGAGGUUUUACAUUUAUCUGCGUCAAUGGAAGCCUCGUUUUAAACGGAACCGGAAACACGACCGGAAACGACUCGUCUUCUGCUGCAGACGAAUUUGAAGACAAGAUGAGCACCUAUGCCUUCUACUAUCUGUACAUAGCUGCCGUGGUUCUGGUGGCAGGGUACUUGCAGAUAAUGUGUUGGACAACGGCGUGUGAGCGACAGAUUCAUACGAUCCGGAAAGUCUACUUCCGGUCCAUAGUCAGACAACAAAUUGGAUGGUUCGACAAAAAUCAAAGCGGGGAGCUGACAACACGCCUAGCAGAUGAUAUUAAUAAAAUCAAGGAUGGGCUCGGCGACAAGUUCAGUUUUACCUUCCAAUACACAGCGCAGUUCUUCUCGGGAUUCGCCAUCGGCUUCUGGAAGAGCUGGAAGAUGACCUUGGUAAUGAUGUCCGUGACCCCUAUCCUAGCGGUCAGCGCCGCAAUCAUGUCUGUGUUUAUCAGGAACUACACGAAAAAAGAGCAGGAGUCCUACGCAGGCGCCGGAAGUGUAGCAGAGGAAGUUUUGUCUUGUAUCCGAACCGUCAUCUCAUUCAACGGACAGCGUCAGGAACAAAUUAGAUAUGAGAGCGCACUGAAGGAAACCCGCAGGAUCGGGAUCCGGAAGUCUUUCGUCCAGGGGAUGAUGAUAGGCCUCAUCAUGUUCUUUAUGUUCGGAACCUACGCUUUAGCUUUCUGGUAUGGGUCAGAUCAGGUCAAGGAUUGGUACCAUUCCUACUGUGCCGCCGAGAGAGAUGGAAUUAGCCCGGGGGAAGUUCUUACGGUGUUUUUCUGUGUGAUGAUUGGCUCUUUUUCUAUCGGAAACGCCGCGCCCCACUUGGGCUCAAUAUUCGGCGCCAAAGGAGCCGCAGCCGAAGUCUUUGAGACCAUUGACAAUGUGCCCGAAAUUGAUGGCACAUCGGACAAAGGGGAGGUGCCGGUUUCUCUGGAUGGUGACAUUGACUUUGUGGGGGUGGAGUUUAGCUAUCCAACUCGUGAAGAGGUCAAGGUAUUGAAGAAUUUCAAUCUGAAUAUUGGUCGGGGACAGACUGUUGCAUUAGUGGGCUCUAGUGGGUGCGGAAAAUCUACCGUGGUCAACCUCAUCCAGAGGAUGUAUGACCCAGACAGCGGAAGGGUUUUGCUUGACGGUAAAAAUAUAAAAGAUCUCAACACAUGCUGGCUUCGAAACAACAUUGGGGUCGUAUCGCAGGAGCCUAUUCUGUUCGGAAUGACGAUCGCAGAAAACAUCAAAUUAGGAAACACUGACGCUACCAUACAAGAAAUAGAAGAUGCUGCCAAGGCCGCUAAUGCUCACGAUUUCAUAACAAGGCUACCCAAUGGAUAUCGAACACUGGUGGGUGAAAGAGGAGCCCAACUCUCCGGGGGUCAGAAACAGAGAGUAGCCAUCGCCAGAGCUCUAGUCAGAAACCCGCGAAUUCUCCUCUUGGACGAGGCAACAUCAGCCCUGGACUCAGAGAGCGAGAAAAUAGUCCAGACAGCUCUAGAUCAGGCUCGUCUUGGUAGGACAACAGUGAUGAUAGCUCAUCGACUGACAACGGUACAGAACGCCGAUAUGAUUUACGUGGUGGACCAAGGGGAGAUAAUCGAGUCUGGUACUCACUCGGAUCUAAUGGAGAAGAAAGAGUUCUAUUAUCAGCUGGUGCAGGCUCAGUCCCUGGAGCCCGACGACAAUGGUGCUAACGGAGACGAUAAUAAAGCUCAUAUAUAUAAACGACAAAGGUCCCGUGUGUCGUCAUCAGACAAGAGUGACAAUCUAGUGAAAAGGCAAACUUCUCGUCAAGUAUCUAUCACUGAAAAGGGAAUAUCGAAAGAGAAAGAGGCGGAAGAGAAGGGGGAAGAGGAGGAGGAAGUAGAAAAACCAAAAUACUUCCGUAUUUUACGAGAAAAUUUUCCGGAAUGCCCGUUUCUAAUUUUUGGCACAUUCUUUGCUGCUAUUCAGGGAACCACGAUGCCGCUUUUUGCCGUGUUUUUUGGAGAAAUGAUCAAAGUAUUUAUUGAUAUUUACAAUACAGAUAAUGUGUUUUGGAGUAUGAUGUUCUUGGCCUUAGGUGGACUGAAUUUUGUUUCCAACUUGUUUAUGCACACAAACUUCGGCAUUGCCGGUGAAAGGAUGACGUUCAGGCUGAGGCUGAAGAUGUUCCGGGCCUACCUCAGACAGGACGCCGCCUACUUUGACGACCCCAAACACGGGACGGGAUCCCUGACCACACGGCUCGCGACGGACGCUUCUCUCAUCAAAACGGCGACUGGUUUUCGGAUAGGCACGAUUCUGUCCUCCAUCGUUAGCUUGGUUGCGGCCCUGGUGAUAGCAUUUUACUAUGGGUGGAAGCUGGCGCUGGUUGUUCUGGGCGGGGUCCCUAUACUGAUGUUGUCUAGUAGCUUGCAGAUCAAAGUUGUAAUGGGUAAACACAAAGAUGACCAAAAUAAAUUAGAAGAUGCUGGAAAGAUUGCCAGCGAGACAAUAGAAAACAUCCGUACUGUGCAGUCUCUCGCCAGGGAAAAAUAUUUCUAUGAUCUAUACUCAGAACAUCUAGAGAGCCCUCUAAGAUCUAACCUGAAACAAGCUCAGUUAUAUGGAUUUGCCUAUGGCUUUUCUCAGUGUGUUGUCUUUGCAAUGUAUGGUGGUGCUUUCCGUUUUGGGGCGUGGCAAGUUAGUGUUGGAGAUAUGGCACCAGAAAAUGUGUACAAGGUGUUUUUCGCCAUUGCUUUCACCGGAAUGACAAUUGGACAGGCCAGUUCUUUCUUGCCAGAUUAUUCCAAAGCUCAGCAUGCUGCCGGAAUACUAUUCAAAGUUCUGGAAACUAUUCCUGGAAUAGACAUAUACUCCUCCAAAGGAACAUACAUGACCACUGUGGAUGGGAGAGUUGUCUUCAAAAACGUGUCGUUUAGCUAUCCCAUGAGGCCCGAGGUGAGAGUCCUGAAGUCCCUAAGUUUCACAGUGGAGUCCGGGCAAACGGUAGCCCUGGUGGGGCCCAGUGGGUGUGGCAAGUCCACCGCCAUCUCACUGCUCCAACGAAUGUACGAUGUAGAGGACGGAGAAAUAAAUUUAGAUGGGAGGGAUAUCCGGGAUCUGAACUUGAACCGUCUCCGUUCGUUCAUUAGUGUUGUCAGCCAGGAACCCAUUCUGUUUGAUUGUAGUAUUCGGGAGAAUAUAUCAUAUGGCUUGGACACAGAUGUAGGAAUGGAUGACGUAAUAGAAGCAGCAAGGAAAGCCAACAUUCAUGACUUUAUCACAAGUCUUCCCGCGGGGUAUGAGACAGUUGUUGGAGAAAAGGGCACACAGCUGUCUGGGGGACAAAAACAGAGAGUAGCGAUAGCGCGUGCCAUCGUGCGCAACCCUAAGAUACUGCUUCUGGAUGAAGCAACUUCUGCUUUAGAUAGCGAAUCAGAAAAGCAAGUUCAGGCAGCUUUGGACGCCGCCCAGAAAGGUCGGACGUGUAUCGUGAUAGCUCAUCGCCUGUCAACGAUACAGAACUGUGACGUCAUUUUUGUGAUUGAUGAUGGACAGGUUGUUGAGAGUGGCUCUCACCAGGCGCUGUUGUCGUUAAAGGGAGUGUAUUCCGCUCUCGUCAGCGCUCAGCAAUUUACAAAAUAACCAUCAUAGCUUUAGGAUGAUCAGUUUACAUGUUGUGAUUUGUAUGUCUUAUUGAUUGAACGUCUUUCUUCUGAUUUGUAGUUGCUGGUCAAUGAAUUUGGUUUAAUUUUGUUCUUUGUGUGAACAAAAGAAUCAAAGACGCACAUUUUAUCUAUAUUAGUUUAUCAAUCAAAAGCUAAAAAAUGAAAGACGUAUUUUAAUAGAUGAAAAUUUUAUACACAGGGACACAAAUGCUCUGUUGAAGUUUCCUAUUGACUUAAAUAUUUUUUUUUAGAAUAGAUAAAAACCAGUGCGUAUAUGAAACCAUUUUUGAUAUGUGUUUAAAUAAUUAACUGUUGUAAAUGAAAUCUAUGUAAUCAUGAAUUUAUUCGAUUA